CCCCGUCCUCGUGCAGACGGAGCUCGUCACUGAUCUCCGUCCGCCAUUUUAAUCAACGCGGCGCUUUAUUCGUGUUGAAGUCUUUGACCUUUUAAAUCCACAGCAAUACACUCAGCUUCGUAGCAGGCGUCGGACCAAACUACACACACUCCAGAAUGCAGGCCGAAGAGCAAGGUGACUUCAGCACCGACGAGUUUCCAGAAGGCUCCAAGAUAAACGCGAGUAAAAACCUGCAGGACGACGGGAAAAUGUUCAUCGGUGGACUCAGUUGGGACACCAGCAAGACAGACCUCACUGACUACCUGUCCAAGUUUGGAGAGGUCCUUGACUGCACCAUCAAAACAGACCCCAUGACGGGCCGCUCCAGGGGCUUCGGCUUCGUGCUCUUCAGAGACGCUGAGAGCGUCGAUAGGGUGCUAGAGCUGAAGGAGCACAAGCUGGAUGGGAAGCUGAUCGAUCCCAAGAGAGCCAAAGCCAUGAAGGGCAAGGAGCCGCCCAAGAAGGUGUUCGUCGGCGGUCUGAGUCCAGACACGUCUGAGGAGCAGAUCCGGGAGUACUUUGGAGCUUAUGGGGAAAUUGAAAACAUUGAGCUGCCCAUGGACACCAAAACAAGCGAAAGGCGGGGAUUCUGCUUCGUGACAUACGUUUUAGAGGAUCCCGUUCAGCAGCUGCUGGAGAACAGAUACCAUCAAAUCGGAUCAGGGAAGUGUGAAGUCAAAGUUGCCCAGCCUAAAGAAGUUUACAGACAGCAGCAGGGCAGAGCGGACCGGGGCUUUGGAGGAGGACGAGGAGGCUUCAGGGGCCGUGGAAGAGGACAGGGCCAGGGCUAUAAUCAAGGAUACAACAGCUACUACGGCCAGAACUAUGGAGGCUACGGCGACGGAUACAACCAGGGCUAUAAUGGCUAUUCUGGCUAUGACUAUUCGGGAUACAACUAUCCGAAUUAUGGCUAUGGACAAGGCUAUGAUGAUUACAGUGGUCAGCAGAGCAGUUAUGGCAAGGCCUCGCGGGAAAGCGGAACCCAUCAGAACAGCUACCAGCCGUAUUGAUAAAGCGGCUAAACACGCUCAUGUUCAUGCGGGGACUUCAUUGCAGGCCGUGUGUCACCUGACCGCCACAUUCUCUGGGCGUCGCACAUAGCGGGCAGAGAGCACGGCAUGCACGAGAAAGCGCUGUCCUGUGGUAUGGUCUCUUCAAACUUCCUGUACCAGCGUAAAACAAACAAAAAGACAAAAGGAGAUUCCCCCAUUUUCCUUAAGUUGUUGGUUUUCGUUAACAGUUCCAAAUGUGUUUUUUCCAGGACUUUGUUAACGUAACCUAAAAGUGAUUCAUAACCGCUUCAUUGUUGUAUUCUCUUGUUCAAUUGUAGUGCUCUUGUGUUUCAGUUGUGGAGCUUCAGUGAUUUAUUCUUUGGUUUCAGUCAUUAAUUGCAUAAACUCUCUCAUAAUGCUUGCUUUUUCUUUAGAGGCCAUAGAGAACUUCAAAUGGGUUCACCUCGAGGCUUUUCCUAAAGCGUAGCCUUUAAAGAUCAUAUGUAAAGUGGGUUUGCCAAGCCAUUGAAAGCUGACAAAUCUGUGUUAGACCGAUGAAACCUGCUCGUGUAUUAUUGGCUAAAUGCAAAUGACAAUUUUCGGUUUCAAGGGGAAGACGUUUGGCUCGCUCCUCGAUUGGUCGCUGAGGCUUUUGCUGGCUUACGAGCCGUUUUGUCAAUCUAAGACGUCGAGCAUAUGAUCUUUAAUCGUUAAUGAUGGUUUUCCUAGUUUAAAAUCGACAGCUCAAGAAGUUAAACACUGAAACAUGGACGUGCUGUUGUUUCUUUUUCUUUAACCUGUCCAAAUCGAGUGGUUCAUCUUGCGUAUCUUCUCUUGUAGGUGGGCAGGCUGACUUCGACAUUGCUCCUCGGAGGCAGCUUGUGGAUUCCUGUCCUUAAACAACUAUAAAUACAAAAAAAUAACGUUAUUCAGUCCUGUGGGGACGGAUUCAGUGUCUAACCUUGUAAAUAGCGAGGCGUUUUGUUUCCAAGCUUGUCUUAUUCCGUGCUUUGUUCAGAUUGAACCUGUAGGUUUUGUGCUGAUGUGUUCUUAAGUCUUGAAUAGAA